AUGCGGGCGCUGGUCGCGAUUGGUGAUGUGAUCCAGAGGGCACGGAACGCAGCUUGUAGACGGGGAGCUGGUAGCCACUGUUUGCGGCACUGUCGAGCGGGUGAACAAGCUCGUGUUUGUCAAGCCGCUUCGUUCCAGCUUGCCCAAAAGCGAUGGAAGGUGGAUGUCAACUCCAAGCAGGACGCCCAUCUCAUGCUGUCCGCGGUGAAUUUACCAGGUGGAAUCCAGGCUGAGGUGCAAUCUGCGAGCCAGGACUCCAUCCACCUCCACACCCGGAGCUUGAAGUAUGGCAAGCUGCAAAUGGGCCAGCUUGUCAAGGUUGAGCCUUACCUCAUCAAGCGCUUGAGCCAGCACUUUCACAGCUUUGGGCAGUACCAGGUGGAAGUUAUCUUUGGGUGCAACGGCUACGUGUGGAUAUCAAGCGUUGCACAGCGUGAACAGCAGCAGCAGCAGCUGGAGGAGGAUGGGGCGGCGAUCCCGAUUCCGCUGGCAACCAGGGAGAGGAUUUGCCGGGUGGGCAACGCUGUGAGAGCGCUGGCCUCGCAGGGGCUCGUCGUGUCUCCAGACUCGGUGGUGGCGGCGUACGAGGCGAGCGUGGGGUGGGGGAUUGAGCCCAAGGACAUGCUUGCGCGGGCCUUUGGUGAAAGGCUUGUUGCGCGGGAGAAUCACAAAUGA